GUUGCCAACAUCUGACUCUGAACUCUGUUGUCACGCCUCCAGAAAAGCAGCUGCUCCACACAUCUCCUCCCUCUAUUCGACCGGCAUCACAGUGGAUGUUUACUCAGUCCGGUCAUCUGGAUAGCGCCGGACGCACAAUUACGCACGACUAUACAGUGAAAGGUAGACCGUUCAGGCAGGAUCGCUUUAUUCCGAUGUAUUUCGCAAUACCAAAUGGACAUAGUCUUACUGUACUGCUGCUCAUUGUGAAUUAGGAUUUUCAUCUGUAAAGUUUGCAGAAAGUUAUGAGUCGUACCGAACCAAGGGACGUGGUCGACGCGUAAACUUUUCUUCACCUCUCCGUUUACAUCAACUGCGAAUCCUCCAUCAAAAUGCAGAUCGUGCUGUUCAGUGCCGUGUUCCUUUACCUCAGUGAAUAUGCCAGUACAGAGCCAAAAGCCAAGUGUCCAACACGGUGCGAUGUGAGUACUUGUCCGAGCCCCAGCUGCCCCAGUGGCUACGUGCCAGACCGCUGUAACUGCUGCCUGGUUUGCGCUCAGGGAGAAGGAGAGCCGUGCGGCCGCAAGGACGACCUGCCGUGCGGUGACGGCCUGGAGUGCAAACACCCGGCGGGCAAGCGGCUCUCCAAGGGUUUCUGUCAGUGCAGAUUUAGCCACGAAGUGUGCGGCAGCGACGGGAAGACGUACGGUAACGUGUGCCAGCUGAAGGCGACCAGCAGGAAGGCUCUGCAGCAGGGACUGCCAGGCGUCACGCAGAGCCAGAAGGGACCAUGUGAGACAAGCGCAGGUCCUCCACAUGCUGCCAGUCCUCGUUACAAGUUCAACUUCAUAGCUGACGUGGUGGAGAAAAUUGCUCCUGCUGUGGUUCACAUUGAACUCUUCCUCAGACAUCCACUCUUUGGUCGCAACAUCCCUCUGUCCAGUGGAUCCGGGUUUGUCAUGUCAGAGAAUGGACUGAUUGUUACCAAUGCUCAUGUCGUCUCUACCACCUCACCAGUGUCAGGUCAACAGCAUCUCAAGGUCCAGAUGCAUAAUGGUGACAUAUAUGAAGCCAGCAUCAAGGACAUUGACAAAAAGUCUGACAUUGCCACCAUCAAAGUCAACCCCCAGACGAUGCUCCCUGUGUUGUUUCUGGGCCACAGUGCAGACCUGAGGCCUGGGGAGUUUGUGGUGGCAAUUGGCAGUCCUUUUGCCCUCCAGAACACUGUCACUACUGGUAUCGUCAGCACUGCUCAGAGAGAUGGAAAGGAGCUGGGUCUCAGGGACUCAGACAUGGAUUAUGUCCAGACAGACGCUAUUAUCAAUUAUGGGAAUUCAGGAGGACCUCUUGUCAAUUUGGAUGGGGAGGUGAUUGGCAUCAACACCCUGAAAGUUGCAGCAGGAAUCUCAUUUGCCAUUCCCUCAGACAGGAUCACUCGCUUCCUCAACGAUUCGCUCGACAAGCACAACAAAGAUGUGAGAUCAAUAAAGAAGCGUUUCAUUGGAAUCAGGAUGUUGACCAUCACACCAGCGUUAAUUGAAGAGCUAAAACAACAAAACCCAGACUUCCCCAAUGUUACUACCGGGAUUUAUGUCCAUGAGGUUGUUCCUCACUCUCCUGCACAGAAAGGCGGUAUCAAAGAUGGGGACAUUAUUGUGAAACUGAAUGGUAGACCGUUGAUGACCACAGCUGACCUACAAGGAGCACUGCAGGAGGAAACAGCCCUGCUGCUGGAAGUCAGGAGGGACAAUGAUGACCUGCUCUUUAAUAUCGAACCUGAUAUUAUUAUGCAGUAGACAUUGGAAGCACAGCUCUCAUGCAGAGUUAGAACAACAUCUCAGGCCAUACUUUUUUUGGAAAGAACUUGGCAGAAACUCUGCAACAGUGAAGCAGCGUUGACAGUUGGUGCAUUCAUCUUCUGAUACUAACUUCUAAUACCUGGCUGUUAACUUGAUUGUGUCAAAGUGAAAGGAGACCACAACUGACAUGGUGCAAAGGAAUUCAAGGAUUUACAGCCGUGCCUCGACCCUGCUUAAACCAGCUCAGCAUUGGAACAGGUGCACAAACCUUACACCCUACUGAACUGCAUACACCCAAACCCCUUCAAUGUAUAUUAAAUACUUGAUUUUAUCACUUUGAUUAUAUAUUUUUCAGUAAGUAGACACAUUUAUUGUAAGUACUUCCAUAUAUUUUGAGCAGUAAUGCCUGCUAGACAGCAUCCAAUGAUGUACAUCCUGAAAAUUACAAGACAAAAGCAAAGUUGAUAAGCGCACAAUUCAUACAUUACCAUUAGAUUCACCCUGCUGGCUUCACAAGGCAGCAUCCACAUGUCCACCCUGUGAUCUGAGCCUUGCUCCAAAUUACCAUUCUCUGUCAUUCUUGACUAGCUGUCAAUCCGUCCUUCAAGGCUUGGCAUGAGGGCUUUUUUGGUGAAAAUGGUGUUCAAAAUACAGUGGUCACAUAGCACAGUCUACAUUCAAAACCUCAUUUUGGUCUUGUGCUUUGGGUAGUGAAGUAUAAGCAGCCAACAUUAGUUUCCUUCAUAAAACUACACUCAGCCUGACAGACAGGGUGAAGACUUCAGAGAUCCAGAAUCCUGCAUCCUGAAUGCAUCACUAAAUGCAACAUCAUACAAAAAUGGUAAUCUAAAAUAUUUUUACAGAGGAAGAUCUUCUUGGCUUAGUUGAUGAUUUGUCAAAGGUUUAAUGCACAGACACCAUGUCACAAUCUAUACUUACAAACUUGGAUAUCCUUGAACUUACCUGAGUUCACAGUUGGUGUUCACACUUUAGUGGCUAUUCAGAAGGCUUCCAGCAAAGUGCCUGUCAGAUCAUCAAGCAGCAUCUAAAACUGAUUUUCUGAACAUCUUUUCCAUAUUUGAUUCGGGGGUUAACAUUGCCCUACAAUUUUUGCAACUUUCUGAAUCUGACCAGCAUGUCCAGUUGACAUAGGGAUUGACAAGAUUUGGACUUAAGUCUUUAAUUUUCAUUCUUUAAAAAAACUACAUCUGUACACAGGUACAGCUGAGGACAACACUGUAAGUGCCUUCAAGGAGGCUUUGUCUGGAAUUAUGGGCUGUUACCAAAAUUUAUAUGAUUUGUCAAAUCCUGUCCUUCUCUAUCACAUCAACAUGUUCUCAUUAGUUUCUCUGGCAGCAGUAUUUUUCAUUGUCGUUGCUUUCACGCUGCUUACACUGGCAGUAAGCAACAGGUAUUAACAUUUUUUUUUUUUUUGUUGGACAUGUUUAGACAACACCAUUGUCACAGCACAGGCAGUACUAGAAAAAUGAUGUGUUCUUAUGUCUAAUCCCAUCUAUCUCAGUGGCUGAGACAGAAAAACAAGGGAUGCAGACCUAACUGAAUCCCAGUGAGACUGAAUUGUUCCAUGCAGUCAGUUAAUAUGUCUCCUGCAGUACUGACUCACUCCCUGCUUGGAAGGAGUCAGGACUAGCUUUCUCUUCACAUUUCCAAUCAAAUGCUGAGCUCUGUAUUGAGUUCAGGUAAUUUACAUGAACAAAUACUUGCAGAUUGAAAUUAGACCAAAAUACUUAAGGCAUGAUGACUAUACAUGAGUAUUCAUCACAGUUUUGACAAAAAGGGGCCCUCAGUGUCUCUCAUAAACUCAGCUCUUUAUUGCUGCAGAAACAUGAAUUUGUGACUAUUCGAUGAUGACUUUGCUGUGAAAUGUCUCAUCUGGACAGAAGGUGAAGGUUAAUCUUUUAGCUUUUUGUGGGUUGAUUCUUUCAUGAUGCAUUAAAUGGGACAUAGCCUCUGAACCAAGUGCCGACCCUGACCUGAGCACAUUUCCCACUAUGCAAUCAGAAUGUUAGACUUUACAAUAUAAAAGCCUCAAUAUUUUAUUUGUGUUAAAUGUACUGUGCAAAGGUGUAUCUGCUUUUGAUAAGCUGAUUUGUUGAAAUCCAUUCACAAGGUGCACAGAGAGCAUGAUACUGUAUAAUGAACCUUUCUGAGUAAGCUCUCCGGCAGCUAUAUUUAAGGUCCUUCCCAUUGUUGCCAAAAAUGGUUUAAAAAACCCAACCGUUUUCUGAUAUAAACAUUGCAUCCAACUUGAUUCGUGAAAGUCGUCUUCUGAUAACUGACCUUUUCGCCAUUGGUUUUUCAGCUUGUUAACCUUAAUAUCCGCUGACACUAAAGCAGCACUUACUGAUUUUUAGCCACUUGGAGGCAGAAGAAUAAACCGUAAACAACAUUCACAUAUCACCAUCACAUAAAACUAAUAAAGCAAAUGUGUUUGUAAAAAGUUGCCUAUUUACACAUCCAGUAGUUAUGACCCAUGUACUUAAAAACAGCAAUGACAUUUACCCUCAUGAAUUCCAGUAGUCCACAUUGGCACAUCUCAUUUUCCAGCAGACCUCCAUGAUUCCACCAGCUGAAAAACAGUGAUUUAGCUUCACAGCCUCAACAAUAAACACAAUGGGAAAACGACCGCAGAAUGAUCAGCUUUUUAUUAUGUCAUAAAGUGAUGGUUUGCAUCAAAUUGUAUUUAAAAUUGAAAAUAAGGUGACGAAAUUAUGCACUACCAUUCAAAAGUUUGGGGUCACCCAGGCAAUUUCAUGAUUUCCAGGAAAAGUCACACUUUUAUUCAUGUGCUAACAUAAUUGCACAAAGGUUUGCUAAUCAUCAAUUAGCCUUUCAACAUGAUUAGCUAACACAAUGUAGCAUUAGAACACAGGAGUGAUGGUUGCUAGAAAUAGGCCUCUGUACUCCUAUGUACAUAUUCCAUUAAAAUGCAGCCAUUUACAGCUAGAAUAGUCAUUUACCACAUUAACAAUGUCUACACUGGAUUUAUCAUUCAUUUAAUGUUAUCUUAAUUGGAAAAAACAUGCUUUUCUUUUAAAAAUAAGAACAUUUCUAAGUGACCCCAAACUUUUGAACAGUGGUGUAUGUGUAAAAAAAAGUAACACUUUUGAUGAGCCUGUUUUUAUAAGCAGUACAAUAAACUUCCAGUGUAAAUGAAUCUAGUAUUAAUGUCAAAGUCUUUGUUCAGCAUCAGUAGCUUAUCUUUGGUUUAUGGAUGGCAUACGUUUUUAAUGCUGUAAGUUGUAAUUCCAUUAAAAAUGUGAACAAAAUGUGUGUUGACAAACUCUGUGGCAAUGAAGAACACUAAAUGUGAGUGUUUUUUUCUGUAGUUUCAUCACUGCUGCUGCUCUGGUUUGUCACUGUUUGUGCUUUUAGUAUGAAGAGACUUCAUCAAAACCAAAUGUUUACAUGUAAGCUGACACCAAAGCAACAUUCUGCAUCAGUCUUUGGAGGUACCUUUUUCCACCAAAUAAAAACAUUCAAACUUUAA